UGCACUGCACUGGGACCUUCCCUGAAUUUUUCAGUUGCAAAGCUGCUUGACAGACGGUUUUGUUUGCAGCGCAUGCCUAGGCUCCUUGCACUCUGAAUUUGCACUGCUCAGGCCUGGGUUUCUUAUCUGAGCUUUGCCACUGAACCCUGGUGAAAACUCAGGCCUGUGCUCAAAGUUGAAAUUGCACAAAGCACAGCUCAAAUUUGCGUCAGACAGAAAGUGAAUUCAGGCCAGCGUGCAUGGCUCAGGUGUGGGAAAGGUGAUGGACUCCUGAAGUGGAAGAGGUGGUGCAGAGGGGGCACCGCCCAUGCUGCCCUGCUUCCAGCUGCUGCGCAUAGGGGGAGGCAGGGGUGGUGAUCUCUACACCUUCCACCCCCCUAGCGGGGCUGGCUGCACCUACCGCUUGGGCCGUAGGGCCGACCUGUGUGAUGUGGCUCUGCAGCCCCAGCGGGAGCCUGGCCUCAUCUCUGGAGUCCAUGCAGAGCUGCACGCUGAGCGCCGAGGUGAUGACUGGAGGGUCAGCCUGGAGGACCGUAGCAGCCAAGGGACUCUGGUCAAUAAUGUCCGACUCCCAAGGGGUCACAGGCUGGAGUUGAGUGAUGGGGACCUUGUGACUUUUGGCCCUGAAGGGCCCCCAGGAACCAGCCCUUCGGAGUUCUACUUCAUGUUUCAGCAAGUCCGAGUCAAACCUCAAGAUUUUGCGGCCAUUACCAUCCCGAGGUCUAGUGGUGAAGAGGGAACCAGGGCUGGCUUCCGGCCUAUGCUGCCCCCCCAGGGGGCCCCACAGCGCCCCCUCAGCACCCUUUCCCCUGCCCCGAAAGCCACAUUGAUCCUCAAUUCCAUCGGUAGUCUCAGCAAGCUCAGACCUCUGCCCCUCACCUUCUCCAGGAGUGGGGGUGAGCCACAGAGCCUGCCUGUUCCCACUCCUCCUAGGGAGGUGGGGACCGCCCCUUCUGCCCCACCCCCAAGAAAUCGGAGGAAAUCCGCUCACCGAGUGUUGGCAGAGCUGGAUGAUGAGGGCGAGACUCCUGAGGGCCCCCCACCAGUCUUUAUGGAGCCCAGGAAGAAACUCCGUGUAGAGACAACCCCACGGACACCUGGUGGAAAUCGACGUGGACGUCCUCGGAAGCACCCAGUGAGCACUCCCAGGGCUCCCCCUGCAGUUGGGGGUGGGGAGCCCUGUGCAGCCCCUUGUUGCUACCUACCCGAAGAAGAAACAGUUGCCUGGGUUCAGUGUGAUGGUUGUGACGUCUGGUUCCAUGUGGCCUGUGUUGGCUAUAACAUCCAGGCUGCCACGGAGUCUGACUUCCAGUGCCCAGGGUGUCGUGUAGGCAUCCAGACCUAA